AUGACGGCGAUCCGGGCGCUGCUGCUCUGCCUCUGCCUGGGGCUGCCGGCGGGCGGGCAGCCCUUCCUGCGCCUGCGACCCUCGCCCAGCGACAACCUGCCCGUCAAGGACAUCGUGGAGCACCCGGACCCCGAGUACGACCCCAAGGAACAGGACCUGGACGAGAGGACGCUGAGGAAGAAGCUGGGCAGCCAUUUCGACCCCGGCUUCAUGGCCGUGGCCGUGCCGGGGCCGGCCAACGCCUCGGGCGCCGCGGCGGCGGCGGGGCGGGGGCGGGCGGCGCUGCCGGCCGAGCUGCGGCGGCUGGAGCUGGGGCCGCCCCGGGGCCCGCGCCUGCGGCUGGGCAAGAAGGCGCGGCGGAAGGUGCUGCAGUGGCUGUGGGCGCACACCCACUGCCCCGUCCUCUACGCCUGGAAGGACCUGGGGGUGCGCUUCUGGCCGCGCUACAUCAAGGAGGGCAACUGCCUGGCCGAGAAGUCCUGCUCGCUGCCCGAGGGCAUGUUCUGCAAGCCCGUCAAGUCGGUCACCAAGACCUUCCUGCGCUGGCACUGCCAGGGCUGGUCCAGUCAGAAGUACUGCACCUGGAUCCCCGUGCAGUACCCGCUCAUCUCCGAGUGCAAGUGCUCCUGCUAAGUCUCCCCGGCCCCUUGCACUGCCGCCCUCCUCCU